AUGGAUGAAACAGCAGCGAGCUUCCGCGAACAGUUUGUCAAUCCAUCAGACUUGUUUACGAUUCUUAUGAUUAUUGGCGGCGAUGUAAUCCUCCUCGCGCUGGCAGCCCUCUCCGGUGGCACUAUCACCCCUGUCACCUUCUCCUUCGGUUGGGCAUCGUACGCUAUCUCGGCGGUUCUCAGUGCGCAAGGCGAGGACAGCCUGAUGCCCUCGAGCUCGGACUUUUCGCUCCGCGUAAUCAACCUCAGCAAUGGGUAUAUGCGCUUCAACCGCUCCUGGGCUUUGGGCCGGGUAUUUCAGAACUACGAAUACUGGAUGCCACCAGAAGUGGACCAGCUACUGCAAAAUCACCCGGUCUUAUAUCAGGAUGAGGAAGCCGGAAUGACGGACCCAGAGGUGCUGAAGGGUACGGCGGUUGCAGAGACAGACGUUAAGCCCCGCAAAUUCGUGAGCCCCCACCAGGCGCGCCUGUGCGUUGCGGUUUACGAGUGGGCACUGGAUGGGCCCCACCGUGUCGCGAAACCUGGCCAUGACUGGGUGUACUGGCUGGGCAUUGUCGUGACAGUGCUUCAGAUAGCCAUCAGUGCGAUACCGUUCGGCCUAUACAAAGACUGGAGUAUCUUCCUGGUGACGGUAGGUGGGAGCCUCCUUGCCUACGCGUCUGGUGCCCUGCCGCAGUGGCGGAAGGAGAAAUGGGCCUGUCGAACCUUGGAAGGUCGCAAGGACGUUGCGUUAACGCUUGGUAAUGGCACGCGGCAUGUGGUGGUGGUGCGGGGAGCAAAGGGCGGGUUGGAUCUGGAAGAUAUGGCUGGCGGACAGUGGUCCAAUGACGAGGAAGGCCCGAAGCGGAAGCACCCAUGGAUGCGGUUGAUGAACUCCGGCAACACCACGCGUAUGCUUACGUUCGUGUUAGCGGUACUGUGGCUCAUGCUUCUUCUUGCCAGCAUGGGGAUCCAAGACCAUGGGUGGUAUCUUCUUGCGGUGGGUGGUAUUGGCAUCCUGCAAAAUCUCAUCGCGGCCGGGGCUCCACGUCAGCCGGCAAUGUUGGGAGUACCGAUUCGACCGGCUAUGCGGCCGAGUUCAGGGGAUGAAGCAAGCUCGACACCAAUGGUGUUCGCUGAAUUCAAGCUCAUGCAUACGCUGAUGGAGCUCGAAUUGGACUUCAAGGGGGCUGGCCGAGCUCUGCUCCCAGAAUUCUUCCCUGGAGGCCGGCUACUGCCGUGGGAGGAAAAAUGGUGGUCCACCGAUGAACCGGAAAUUCGACGCGAGCUCCUACGGGCGGCUAAAACAAAAGAGUUUAACAAGCAGAUGCGCAGGACGCAAUCUGGCUGA